AUGCAGUGCUCGCAAGUCGCGCCGAGCGUGUGGGACUGCUUCGGCCAGACCAAGCUGACCCAGGCCAACAUCAACAGCAUCGGAUUCACGGCUGGCGUGGGGGUUCGCGUUGACUCGCACGCGUUGAGACUCACGUAUCUGGACUCGAACAGGCAGCCACUGGUUACCCGCUCAAAAUCGGCCCUCAAAAGAGCCAAGUCAACUCUGAAGAGGGAGCAGCUGUUUGGUAAGCCCGAGCUGCUGGUUGGGGUACCAGCUGGAAGGUUCCAGGCAAUGAUCAAUGGCGAUGCGUUUAAAGGGGGCGCGAUGUUUGCCGUCUCCAAUACAAACGGCAAUUGCAAGCUAUAUGUGAGCAUCCUGCUGCUCUACCGAGGCGACCUCAAGCCAGCAGCGACGCUCUCCGUUUUCAAUAUGACUUCCUCUGAAACCACCAGCAUCCCCCUCGACUGCACGUGGACCCAGCCCAGGCCCGGCGUGCAGCUGUGCGAGUGGCUCAAUGACUUCCCGGCUAAUGCCAGUCCCACCUCCACACCUGCUCCAAACGCUGACAAUGCCGCUGACUCUGCUCCCUCUGCUGCUCCCUCUGCUAUUUACGCUGCUCCUAACGCUGCUACCACCUCCACUCCUAACCCUGCUUCGGACUCUGCCUUGAAAGCUGCCAUGAGCAUGCGUGCAGUGGCCCUGCCACACCCACUUGACAAGUGGACUGAUCCAAUCGGGAACCUGGUCGUGAACUCAACGUUUACAGUGCUGGUGGAGUCAGAGGAGGGGGACACUGCUGAAGCCAUGCUGCGCUACGCACAGUGA